AUGGUGGAGUAUCCGGGAUUCGUGCGCGACGAUCGGCGCGCUUUGCGGACGAUGGGCGGCGAAGAGACCAUCGCAAAGGAGCGGUCGCGGGGCCGGAGGUUCCUGGAGCCCUGGCGGACUUCCAGUGGGUACCAUCCCCUGGCGGACUUCCAGUGGGUGCCAUCGCUGCAUGCCCCGCACACCCCGGCACGGCACCAUGCCGCCUCCUCCUCCCACUCCCACUCCCACUCCCACUCCCACUUCCACUCCUCGCCUGCUCCCACCGGUGCGUUCCCCCAUGCGUCUGUUCUUGUCUGUCGACUCAAAAGCCGCCUCCGCUCCUCUUCCGCUCCCACAGCAGCGUCACCCUUCUCCCCAUUGGCGCCUCUGCUCUUCACGCGCAAGGACAACCCACCCGACAAGCUUCUCCGGGCGUUUGACAUAAACCGGGAUGCGGCCAAGCCGGGACUCUACCCGCCUGCUCCCGCCCCAGCUGCUGCCGCUGCUUCCGCCCCUUCCAUAGCCCCUGCUUUUGCCGCUGCUGCGGUCCCCACAACGGUCCCCGCCGCUGCCUCUGCAGCUGCUUCUGCCCCUGCUGCUGCUGCUGCUGCUGCCCCUGCGGCUGGUGGCAAGCCAGGCGCAGGGGAGAAGAGAGGGGGAAGGGAAGGGGCAGGGGCUGCUGGUGGUACUGCUGGUGCUGGUGGCGCUGCUGGUGCGAAGGAGGGCCAACAAGCAAAUCUCAUUCUCUUCUCUGGGCUUGACUGUAUCUCCUCUGCUCGCUUGCCGUUCUGUCCUCUCUUCUCCCCUCGUCCCGGCCCCCUCCUUGCCCCCUCCUUGCCCCCUCCUUGCCCCCUCCUUGCCCCCUCCUUGCCCCCUCCUUGCCCCCUCCUUGUCCCCUCCUUGCCCCCUGCUUGCGCUCCUCUCCCCCGCAUCCCCUCCCCCCUCCCCCCCACUUGUCAUGCCUAUUCCCACCCAUUGCAACUGCUGCCACUGCUGCAAUGCAACCACACCACCUGGUCCUCCCUUUCCUCUCGCCCAGCCCCUGUGCCGUACUCCACCCAUCCAUCCCUUUCCCCCACUUGUCCCUCUCCCGUCCCCCGCUCCCCUUCCUCCCCCUUUCCCCUCCCACUUUUCAAACACCAGGAGCUGCGGGGGUGGCCGAGGGAGAGGGAGGCGGUGCGGGAGAGCAGUGAGGAGGGUGCUUAUGUGCGCAUGUUGCGGCCGCUGUUCCAGGAGCGCCCUGUGUGGUCGCGCAACUCUCUCAAACACCUCCUGCAGACCCGCCACCGGCUGCUGCUGCCGAUUAAUGAUGGCAGCAUGAAGAGGGCGCUGCUGCGCUUUGCCUACUACUUCUGCAACGGUCCCUUCCGCAUGCAGUGGAUUCGCAACGGCUACGACCCACGCACCAACCCCGACAACAGGAAGUGCGCCCCGUCCCGUCCCCGCCCCCCUGCUGCUCUCCCCUCACUUCCCCACUGGAUUCACCUUCGAGAAUGCACUGGACCGGGGGCCACGGGGGCCACCCACAGGGGCCCUUAG